UGCUGGGCUCAGAUAGAGCUCUGCUCUGCAUUCCUGUGUGGUACGGUGCAGUGUGUUAGGCAGGCUAGUGCAGCUGGCAGAGAGACUCAGUGUUGCCGUGCUGCAGAGAGAGGGAGGGAAGGAGAGGCUCUAGUUAAGGUGAGGAUGAGGACGAAGACUGUGUCCUCCACGGUGCUCGGCAGCGCAGGCAUCCGAUACUUCUACUCGGUCUGUUUCGUCAGGCUGUUCGGUCCCACGGGCCUGUGAGUAUCAGUGUGUGUGUGUGUGUGUGUUAAGAUGGUAGUUGUGCCAUGCAUUCUCUUUGCUCUGGCUUUGUAGUAGAGCUCUCCAAAAGAAACACUGCAGCAGAAACAUCUGCAGUGAGAUGGGAUCAGAGAAAGGGGAGGAGGCAAGAGAGGAAGUGUGAGGUUGUUUUGGUUGCAGUCAGAGCGAGGGUGUGCGUGUGUGUGUGCGUUCAGAAUUAGGUGAAUCCUGUGUGUGUGUCAGUGGUACUUAAACAGACCCUGUGUGUUUGUCUGUUCUCAGUCAAGAUGAGGGCGAUCAAGAUGGUUUCCCCGAGAUCCAGGCAUCUCCGCCCCCCUCGCCCUUCCUCUCCGCCAUCCUGGCCGCUUUCCAGCCCGUUGCCUAUGACGACGAGGAGGACGCCUGGCGUUGCCAUGUCAACCAGAUGUUGUCGGACACGGAUGGGUCCUCUGCUGUGUACACCUUCCAUGUGUUCUCCCGACUGUUUAAGGUGAGAGAGAAAGAGGAGUGGGAUAUGUUUAGUUUUGUGUGUAUGUUUAUGUUUUGUACAUAUUCAUGCGUGUGUGUUCGCUCUGUUGACUGUGUUAUUGUCUUGGUGUCUGCAGAGCAUGCAGAGGAAGUUUGGCUUCAUCACCCACUCGUCAGUGCGUUUCCUAGGAGAGAGGCUGCAGCGAAUGGGGAACCAGUUCCUCAGCUCCCUAGAGGUCAUGACCUCUCACUCCCAGUGCCCCACAGUGCUGCUGGAUGCUGAGACGGUGAGUCUGCCCUGCUAACCCAAAGAUGACAACUUCCUUAAUAAUGUAAAGUUAUGUUACAUAAUUUCUCUGGUUACAAAAGGGAACCAUGACAAAAGCUAAUUGUAGCAUGCUUGUUGGUAAGAUAUUUUUAGCGAUGGCAGCAGUUAUAUAAUUAGCCGUACUUGUAAUGCGUGCAAUUGCAUGUUAUGCAGUGAAUAUGUACUUGGCCUAUACUGCAGGGAGUUGACACAUUCAUUCAUGUGAUCUGUAUUGUGUAGUUGGUUGUCCUGUAAUUGUGUCCUUUUGUUGGUUGGUUAAUGUGUGUUGUGUCUGGUCUGUGUUGUAGUUGGUGUCAUGUGGACUGCUGGAGACUCUGAAGUUUAGUGUGCUGGAGUUGCAGGAACACCUGGACACCUACAACGGCAAGAGAGAGGCGGCUGAGGAGGUGAGCUUUCCCCAAUCAUCACCAUGUACUAUACAGUACACCCUCAUCCCUAUCUACAGUUACAGUACUCUUACCUACCGUUUCCUAAACCCCCAGACCACACAAUCACACAUUCUUAUUCCAUCCAAUUAUGGCUAAUUAUCAUACCACAUAUCUGUACCAGCCCUGCACCAGACCACUGGUGGUACUUCAAUGGCCUCUCAUUCCUAGUGAGGUAUUAUUUUUUAUUUUAUUCGGAUCCCCAUUAGCUGUUGCCAAAGCACCAGCUACUCUUCCUGGGAUCCUCAUGAAACAUGACAUAAUACAGAACAUUAAUAGACAAGAACAGCUCAAGGACAGAACUACAUCAAUUGGAAAGCUGAAGGCUCAAUGAGGCCUCAGAUUACGCCUCAUUUCACCUCCAGAUCAGUGAGGAAGAGGCUGAGAGAACAGAACCGAGACAAUGAGCUGAGUCGUAAGGAGAUAAAUGGGUUUGGGUGUCUCGUCGUCGGGUCAGCCAUUGAAUCACAGGAGGAUAUGAGUGGAUUUAGCAUCCGUUAGCGUCCACAUUGCUAGCGACAUCCUCUGCUGAAGGGCUAAAAAUAUCCUCUGGCGCUCUUAAAUCAGUUAGAGGGUUAGACAGGAGGGAGGAAGAAGAGAUGGAGGGGGGGGGGGGGGUAAAGAGGACAGAUGAGAGCGCGAGAGGGCUCUGGGAUGCAGGGGCGCUAAUUGAAUGAGACUGGUGCGGUCCCUGGAGGAUUGGUCUCCACCCCCCUGAACUGGAACCAACCCUCUUUAAUUCGCUAAGUACAGCACUCUUAUUAAAUCUACCCCCCACCUGACCCCUGCACAAACACACACACUCGUCGAAAGAAAAAACACUGCUAUUAAUUUCAUGACAUAUUCUCUCGCAUCCCAUUCAUACAGUGGCUGGAGAACUGCAGGAAAACGUUUGGCGACAAAGACUGCAACCAAGGACCCAACACUCAGGCCCAGGUAUGACUAACACACACAUCUGAACACAGCAAUGUUACGUGUGUCAAAUUGUGACGACAGUCUGUGUUUGAGUGCCUUUUCUAAUACAAUCAAGCACUCGAUAAGCAUGGUAACAUGCCUGUUGAAACAGUUUUGUUCUCAGAGAAAAUACGUGUCAAAGCUAAUUCAUCUCCCCUCUCAUCCUCAACACAAUGUUUUAACUUCCUACAAGCUCAGUGAUAUAAUCAGACCCUCAAGGGAGACAUUAAACAGUCAAUCUGUCUUAAACAUCCUUUGGCUACUGAACCCUGGUCUCUGGUCUUGAAGGCAGUAUUACUUCAGCUCAUCAUGGUAGAUGUAGCUGAUCUGAGGUCAGCUGAGAACCCCUACCGUGCGGUCUCCUCCUGUCCCCUGAUAUUGUUUAGUACUCUGACUUCGAUACUGGAGGUUAUAGAUUUGUAGCCUCUUUGCUUGCCCCCCCCCCCCCCCCCCCUCCUCUCUCUCCCAGGUCAGAGGACAUGCUUGGCUGUGAAAAAAUGAGCUAUUACAGACUAAAGCUCUGAGGCACAUACUCAUUCACUGCUCUUCUACUUCACCCCCUCUUACCUCUCUUGCUUUGUCUACAUCCUGCUCUCUGUUUUCCAGCUCUGUAUUUCUACUCUGCUUUGACUUGAAUACACUGAUCCUAGACCAGCUGUUGUUAUCUAAGAACCACUGUUGGGACUAAGCCUCCCCUGACCUGGGAACAGGUGUUAUGAUGGAGGGGUUGUUACCUGUCAGGUCACUGUAUCAGGGUUGCGAUGUGAAGGCUCACUAAUUCUUGGUCUUUCUCUCUUCCCGUUUUGUUUGUUGUUUUUGUGACCUGCUCACCCUCUUGCUUAGCAAAUGGAAAAACUAGCAGUAAGUGGUUCUGUUAAGUAUUCUAGACUCCAAUAUAAUCAUGAUGUCCGGACAACACACUGACCAUCUCAUCCCUAUCCACGUGUACCUGCCGCUGUCGACAACCAACCACGGCCUGGGCCCUCCCACUCUGACUCCACCUCUCUCUCAUAUAUCUAAAUAAUUUACCCAAGCAUACUGUUUCUCAUCAUUGGCAUGUAUGGAGAUAUAUACUCUACUUUUGGCUUCACCUUGACUGAAUAAUCUUGUCAACUUCUUAACCCCUCCCUCAUCCCUACUGAUUUCCCUACUGUUAUGGGGAGGGGAGAGGAUGGAGAGAGAGCUGUGAAGCCAUGUUUAGAGUCUACCUCCAUUUUGCAUGCUUAUUGCUCCAUUCCCAUAUCUGUUCAAAUUCCCAUUUUCCUCCAUGUUUCCUGCAUUAGAGAGAAUGUUUGAUAAUUUCAGUCACAUAUUUGCUCGGUUUAUCUCGGUGGUUGGACAGACCUUAUCCAUAGGGGGCGCAACAGACAGGUGGUGAUGGUUGGUGUAUAACCCAGUCCUCCAUGGCUAAUGAUGAUGACAACCUCUGGUUUGUUAGUAGCUAGUUAAUAGGGCUAGAUCCUCACCUAUGGCCCCAGGCCUCGUCGGUUCUCUUUAGGGCAGGGGUCUCCAACAGGUAGAUCACUAGCUACCAGUAGCUUGCAGCCCACCUAUGACUAGCUCGCCAAACAAUUCUGAAAGAACACUAUAUAUAAAGUUUGGUGGAGGAGGAAUAACAGUCUGGGGCUGUUUUUCAUGGUUCGGCCUAGGCCCCUUAGUUCCAGUGAAGGGAAAUCUUAACGCUACAGCAUACAAUGACAUUCUAGACGAUUCUGUGCUUCCAACUUUGUGGCAACAGUUUGGGGAAGGCCCUUUCAUGUUUCAGCAUGACAAUGCCCCCGUGCACAAAGCGAGGUCCAUACAGAAAUGGUUUGUCGAGAUCGGUGUGGAAGAACUUGAAUGGCCUGCAAUGAGCCCUGACCUCAACCCCAUUGAACACCUUUGGGAUGAAUUGGAACGCCGACUGUGAGCCAGGCCUAAUCGCCCAACAUGAGUGCCCGACCUCACUAAUGCUCUUGUGGCUGAAUGGAAGCAAGUCCCCACAGCAAUGUUCCAACAUCUAGUGGAAAGCCUUCCCAGAAGAGUGGAGAUUAUUAUAGCAGCAAAGGGGAGACCAACUCCAUAUUAAUGCCCAUAACCAACGCAACAUUGACAUUAUCCCACCCCUGGUUAGCCACUAUUGGCUUAAAAAGCCAAACCUAACACAAUAUCUGCCAAUUAACUUCCAGCAAUAUUGCCCCUUUGUCUGUGUGGUGCGGGAGUUUGUCUAUCACUCUGCGUGUAGCUAGCUAGUUGAUGAGUUAAGUCUUGUGGGUUGACAGAAAUACAAAAUGUCUUCAUUAAAUGUUAACUGCAAAGUAGGCUUACCUGGCAUAAGUAUAUCAUGAGUAAGUACUGUAUAUCAUUUGUAUCUAUUAUUUGUUAUUUGCAAACAUUGCCAUGCAAUGAGCAGCAGUAGUACAGAACCAUUGCUAGACUGGAACAUUAGAAGGCACACUAGAUGCGCAAUUAAAGGGCCAGAUGCGCAAUUAAAGGGGAAUUACCCCCCCCCCCCAAGAAAAGGUAUUCUGAUGUGAUUGAAGCAUUGACAUUGACAGUUGUCAUUUUGAGAGUGAAAAACUAAACAAAACAGGUAAAAUAAAACUGAGAACAUGAUUUGGGGAAAUAUAAACCAUAAUUUGGGAUAGAAAUUACAGAUUUUAGAUGACCCCCCUUGGAGUUGUUUACUAACCAUUAUUUUACCAGGUAUAUUGACAGAAAACACUGCACUACUUUUUCUUGUACACUAAGGACCCGGGGAAGAGUUGCAGGGGAGAGGAGAAGAGAUGUGCCUAUUUGAAAGCUAGAAAAAAAAAUGUUUACAUUUUUUAAAAGUAGCUCUCAUGCUAGAAAAGGUUGGAGACCCCUGCUGUAGGGACAUCGCUCCGCACCUUGUUAACCCUUUCAUCUCCUUCCCCGUUAGUUUCUAACCCAGGAUGUCCAUCCGUCUGAUCAUGUGGCCAUUAUGACCUGUGUGGCUGUAGUGAGUGUGAGCGGUGUGUUACUGUCUCUGCUCUCUCUCUGUAGGAGCUGGAGCUGUGUCGCAGGCUCUAUAAGCUGCACUUCCAGCUGCUGCUACUCUUCCAGGCCUACUGUAAACUCAUCAGUCAUGUGGACACCAUCAAGAGAGAGGCAGAGGUGAGACUGGGCAGGGGUUCACUCAACAGGGACUGGGUGGUACAGAAGGGCAGCAUGAAAACGGUUUUAGGCUGUGGUAAUAGGGGUCAGUUAUGUUAUUCAUUUACAUGCCAAGCACACUUGGAGUCUUUCACAUCACAUGCACCAUUUUGUGUGUGUGUGGUGCUAGGUCAACACUGUGUGCUAGGUCAACACAGGGAGGGUGUUAUAUUUUAUUUCCCUUUCCCAAAGAGCUCUUUAAUUGGGCUUCAGGUUGUUUCAGGAAAACUUGAGACACUGAGGCCGCCUGGAUUUUCCCCCAUCUUCCCUGACAGGAAACAAGCAGUGACAACGCACACGCUAAAUUAAACUCACUUGCUUCCUGUGUACAAAACAUUAGGAACACCUGCUCUUUCCAUGACAGACUGACCAGGUAAAUCCAAGUGAAGGCUAUGAUCCCUUAUUGAUGUCACCUUGUAAAUCCACUUAAAUCACUGUAGAUUAAGGGGAAGAGACUGGUUAAAGAAUAAAUGUUUAAGCUUUGAGACAAUUGAGACAUGGAUUGUGUAUGUCUGCCAUUCAAGGGGUGAAAAUAUUUAAGUGCCUUUGAAUGGGGUAUGGGGGUAGGUGCCAGGCGCACCGGUUUGAGUGUGUCAAGAACUGCAACGUUGCUGAGUCAACAUGGGCCAGAAUCCCUGUGGAACGAUUUCGACACCUUGUAGAGUCCAUGCGCCGACGAAUUGAGGGCAAAAGGGGCUGCAACUCAAUAUUAGGAAGGUGAUUCCUAAUGUUUUGUACACAGUGUAUACGCACACACACAGGCUUAUGCUUUUUGAAAUUAAAGAUACUGUAAUGGCAAAAGUUGUUCUGUAAAGUCAUGAGCCAUUUUUGUAGAUGACUAUGUACAAAUGUGCCCUCAAGAAAAUAUAUAAACAUUCUACAAGAUGCCUCUAUGCAUAUGCUCUUUCUCUCACUCACACACACACACGCAAUUUUGCCUAACCAGACAGACAUAGUGCCUGACUGUCUCUAUCUCAGUACCUAUCUAGAGGUUCUUCUGCUGUCUAGCCCUGUUGUCUUAUGGCUUUUUACUGGAGUUAAAUCUCAACACUCCUUCCGUAGCCUCCAACUGCUCUUAAACACUAGUAAAACUAAAUGCAUGCUCUUCAACCGAACGCUGCUUGUACCCGCCCACCCGACUAGAAUCACUACUCUCGGCGGGUCUGACCUAGAGUAUGUGGACAACUACAAAUACCUAGGUGUCUGGUUAGACUGUAAACUCUCCUUCCAGACUCACAUUAAGCAUCUCCAAUCAAAAGUUAGAUCUAGAAUCGGCUUCCUAUUUCGCAACAAAGCCUCCUUCACUCAUGCUGCCAAACAUGCCCUCGUAAAACUGACUAUCCUACCGAUCCUUGACUUCGGCGAUGUCAUUUACAAAAUAGCCUCCAACACUCUACUCAGCUAAUUGGAUGUAGUCUAUCACAGUGCCAUCCGUUUUGUCACCAAAGCCCCAUAUACUACCCACCAUUGUGACCUGUACCGAUCAAUGCACCUGUACACAGCCAUUCUGAAAUUAGCCCACCCAACUACCUCAUCCCCAUAUUGUUAUUUAUUUUGCUAAUUUGCACCCCAGUAUCUCUAUUUGCACAUCAUCUUUUGCACAUCUAUCAUUCCAGUAUAAAUACGAAAUUGUAACUAUUUUGCACUAUGGCCUAUUUAUUGCCUUACCUCCAUAACUUACUACAUUCGCACACACUGUAUACAGUGGGGAGAACAAGUAUUUGAUACACUGCCGAUUUUGCAGGUUUUCCUACUUACAAAGCAUGUAGGGGUCUGUAAUUUUUAUCAUAGGUACACUUCAACUGUGAGAGACGGAAUCUAAAACAAAAAUCCAGAAAAUCACAUUAUGAUUUUUAAGUAAUUAAUUUGCAUUUUAUUGCAUGACAUAAGUAUUUGAUACAUCAGAAAAGCAGAACUUAAUAUUUGGUAUAGAAACCUUUGUUUGCAAUUACAGAGAUCAUACGUUUCCUGUAGGUCUUGACCAGGUUUGCACACACUGCAGCAGGGAUUUUGGCCCACUCCUCCAUACAGACCUUCUCCAGAUCCUUCAGGUUUCUGGGCUGUUGCUGGGCAAUACGGACUUUCAGCUCCCUCCAAAGAUUUUCUAUUGGGUUCAGGUCUGGAGACUGGCUAGGCCACUCCAGGACCUUGAGAUGCUUCUUACAGAGCCACUCUUUAGUUGCCCUGGCUGUGUGUUUCGGGUCGUUGUCAUGCUGGAAGACCCAGCCACGACCCAUCUUCAAUGCUCUUACUGAGGGAAGGAGGUUGUUGGCCAAGAUCUCACGAUACAUGGCCCCAUCCAUCCUCCCCUCAAUACGGUGCAGUCGUCCUGUCCCCUUUGCAGAAAGGUAUCCCCAAAGAAUGUUUCCACCUCCAUGCUUCACGGUUGGGAUGGUGUUCUUGGGGUUGUACUCAUCCUUCUUCCUCCAAACACGGCGAGUGGAGUUUAGACCAAAAAGCUCUAUUUUUGUCUCAUCAGACCACAUGACCUUCUCCCAUUCCUCCUCUGGAUCAUCCAGAUGGUCAUUGGCAAACUUCAGACGGGCCUGGACAUGCGCUGGCUUGAGCAGGGGGACCUUGCGUGCGCUGCAGGAUUUUAAUCCAUGACGGCGUAGUGUGUUACUAAUGGUUUUCUUUGAGACUGUGGUCCCAGCUCUCUUCAGGUCAUUGACCAGGUCCUGCCGUGUAGUUCUGGGCUGAUCCCUCACCUUCCUCAUGAUCAUUGAUGCCCCAUGAGGUGAGAUCUUGCAUGGAGCCCCAGACCGAGGGUGAUUGACCGUCAUCUUGAACUUCUUCCAUUUUCUAAUAAUUGCGCCAACAGUUGUUGCCUUCUCACCAAGCUGCUUGCCUAUUGUCCUGUAGCCCAUCCCAGCCUUGUGCAGGUCUACAAUUUUAUCCCUGAUGUCCUUACACAGCUCUCUGGUCUUGGCCAUUGUGGAGAGGUUGGAGUCUGUUUGAUUGAGUGUGUGGACAGGUGUCUUUUAUACAGGUAACGAGUUCAAACAGGUGCAAUUAAUACAGGUAAUGAGUGGAGAACAGGAGGGCUUCUUAAAGAAAAAUUAACAGGUCUGUGAGAGAUGGAAUUCUUACUGGUUGGUAGGUGAUCAAAUACUUAUGGCAUGCAAUAAAAUGCAAAUGAAUUACUUAAAAAUCAUACAAUGUGAUUUUCGGGAUUUUUGUUUUAGAUUCCGUCUCUCACAGUUGAAGUGUACCUAUGAUAAAAAUUACAGACCUCUACAUGCUUUGUAAGUAGGAAAACCUGCAAAAUCGGCAGCGUAUCAAAUACUUGUUCUCCCCACUGUAUAUAUUUUCUGUUUGUAUUUUUGACUUUAUGUUUUGUUUACCCCAUAUGUAACUCUGUGUUGUUUUUAUCGCACUGCUUUGCUUUAUCUUGGCCAGGUCGCAGUUGUAAAUGAGAACUUGUUCUCAACUGGCUUACCUGGUUAAAUAAAGGUGAAAUAAAAAAAUAAUUUAAAAAAUCCCCUGAAUGAGAGUGGAUCAUUUCUCACAUGGAGAGAUGAGGUCAGCUAUUUCAAUGAAUCACAUCAAUACUAAUUGCAUUGCUUCACUGAUUUUCUAGACAAGUCUUGCACGUGCCCAAACACGUGAGAUUAUCUCUGCAGUUAUCUGACCUUUUGGGUGUGGGUGUGUGUGUCUCCAAGGUGACCAACAUGUCAGAGGAGCUGGCCAUUCUUGAGAGCUGUUUGAAGCAGGCGGAGUCAGGGGUUGAUGGACAGGAGGAUGUGGGCGUGUCGGAUGCCUCCCAGACCAGUACGGAGACGGCCAUCCAAUCACUGAUUGAGACCCUGAGGGCCAGAGACUUCAGCUCUGCCCUCACACAGGUCAAAACCUUCAGGUAAAGAAACAACGAUUACGUAUUUUCUAUCCUACAGCUAUUCCUCAAUGUAUAGACUACACAGGCAUGUGUCUAGUCUUCUGUCAUGUAUCUACUCUUAAAUCUCGGCGCUGAUACCCUUUUCCUCCUCCCUCCCCUCUCCUCCACUAGGUCUCUGUGGCCUAACGACAUCUUUGGGAACGAGUCAGACAACGCGGUCCAGACUCUCCUGCACAUCUACUUCCGUCACCAGACGCUGGGCCAGACAGGCUGCCUGGCCGUGGUGGGGCCCAGCAGGGACCUGUCCCAGGCCAGCGGCCGCCUCAUGGAGCUCAACCUGCAGAUCAGAGAGGCUCUGAGCCAGACCCAGGCCUGCCAGACCACAGUGGUCAGCACUGGACUG